CUUUUAACUUGUUUCCUCUGUUUUAAUGCGAGCCACUAUGGUGGCCUCCUUGUCCCAGCCCGUCCACCCCUUUGGUUUUUUAAUAUUUUUCUUUCCCCAUAAGAUGUUAAUGGUGUUGUAGGGUGGGGUUAAUGUUCCGUGCAGCUGAUAUAAAGAACUUCGGUAAAGCGGGAACCAGCUGGCACUUUCGCCGGACGAUGGACGAGCUAGUCCAUGAUCUGGUGUCAGCGCUGGAGGAGAGUUCGGAGCAGGCCCGCGGUGGGUUCGGAGAUGGAGGGGACCACGCCCUGGCUGUGGGCUGCCUGCUGAAGCGGCAGGCGCGCAAACGCCGCGGGCGAAAGCGCCGUUCCGACAAUCCUCACCCGCCCUGGGACACCUGCCAUCUGAGCGAGGGAUCCGAGUCCAGCCCGGAGGAGCACAAGGACUACAGAUCCUCGUCCUCCGCUGCAGCGGGGGCCGCUCACGCCCGCGACAACAACAACAGCGACUCCGACGAGCAGCUGGGCGCCAAACGCCGCACCCACGACUCUGGCAGGGCCAAGCGGCCGCUGUGGCACGAGGAGUCGGUCGACGGACUCGGAACCAGGAGCUUGCGCAGGAGGAGGAAAGUGAAGCGCAUGGCUGUGGAUCCGCCACUAGAGGUCACCGCCAUGCUGGCCCCACCUGUUCCCAAACCGCCAGGUGGCAGCAGCGGCAGUAGAGAUCCUAAUAGAGAGGCUGUUCUUGCGGAAGAAGGAAAAGGAAACGAGGCAAGCAAGGGCAGAGUGAAGAAGAGGAAACUGGCCGCACCCCGGCUGGCGCUGGACGCUACAGACGAGGGCGUGGUCGUGGAGAGUGAGGAGGCGGGCCAAUCCGGAAAAGACAAAAUGGAGUUUGAGGAGCACAAGGGAUCAGAUGAGGACAUGAGUGACAGGUGUGAAACCAGCAGUGUGAGUAACAGCAGUGAUGGAGGUCUGUACACCAAUGAUGAAGGAAGGCAAGGCGAUGACGAGCAGAGUGAUUGGUUCUACGAGGGCGAGUCGGGCGGGGCUUGUGGAAUAGCGGGCGUGGUGCCGUGGUGGGAUAGGGAAUCUGACGAGCUGGACCUUAACGACCCAGUGUUCAACAGCAUUCUCACUGGGGCCUUUCCACUCAUGUCACAGGGAGCACAGCGAGGGUUUCAGGCCAGGCUGGCUCGACAGGCCUCUCUGCAGCAGGCUCAGAGCGCUUCUCAAGUAGCUGGAUGUUCGGAGAGGCUGCCCAGAUUGUCGCAGGACCCUCAUGCUCAUGACCCGUGGUUCAGUCCUGGAUCCAGACGUGAACAGUGCCAUUGGGAUUCCAGAGCGGACCGAGGCCACCGGAGGAGCUGCUCGUUAAAGACUGCUAGCAGGCAGACCAGCGGUCACCUCGGCUCGUUGUGUACGGGGGACGUGAAGAGAAGACGCAAGGCUGCCCCUAUGGGUGCCCCCUCAUCCACAGGAGUGGUAGGUGAGGGAGCGUCUCCCAUCCCGGAGUCAAACGUGGGGAGCCGGAUGCUGCAGAGUAUGGGCUGGUCUCCAGGAAUGGGUCUGGGCCCUGAGGGCCGGGGCAUCACCGAGCCGCUGCGGGCCACGCAGAGGCCUAAGGGCGCCGGGCUGGGCUUUAACUGAGCCCCAGGCUUCAGACGGAGUCGGAGCCAGAGCAGGCUGCAGUGCAGACCUCACACAGAAAAGAGAGAGAGAGACUCUGAGCCCGCCGGCCGCCGACCCCCUCUGUUAAAGGCACCGCCAACAGGAGCCUGCCAGCAGAGGGCAGCACUGAGGUGGCACCACGCCAGGCAUAGAUAGAGGCGUUAAACAAAACAACAAAAAGACAGUGUGGAGGGGAGACUGAACUCAAAUCAUAGUCAUAUGCUAUGACCUUGCAUAUGGAAGGCUCAUGGAAGAGCCUACGGAGCAGUCAGAGAGCAGCCAAAUGUAAUAGCGGAGUAUCGAUUUUGAGCACAUACACGCACAUGGACAUAUCCGUAGUGCUCUAAACGCCAAUUUUAGAUUGUUUUUUUUUUUUUAUAUAAAUACAUUACGACAGCCUGGGAAAGGGAAAGAAAUCAGUAUCCCAUUGAUUUGUGAUCGUUUAGAUCUGUUUUGUAUUGUAUUUUCAUCUCCUACCAGCCAUUUUUAGCUUUGCUCAUGCUAAACCGCACACUGAAUGCCAUCAGCGUCCAAACACAGCCAUAGGCUACGUCCCAAUACAAACUAAUGUUUUGCUAAUAGUACAAACAUACUGCUGGGCCUGCUGAAUACAGAUCAGUUUGGGCUGCCCUUUUGAAAAUGGGGAUUUGGACAUGACCAUACGUUCGGAAAGUUGUCUAUGUGAGUGAGCAGUAUUUUAUAGGAAUAUGACAAAUUCAUUAACUUGUUUGAGAGGAUUUUUCCUCUGUGUAUUAUUUUUGACUUGGGUAGUAAUUUGAUUGCGUUAACCUGGUCGAAAGUGUUGCCAGGAAUUGGGUAGCGGACGACGUAAGAGCUGGUAGCAGACUGCCCAAGCCAACCCUGUUUUUUUUUUUUAAAUUUUUUAAAGCAUUGUGUUUUUAUUUCUAUCAAGGUUGAGUCAGCUAGGGUUCUCACGAUUUCACAGUUAGUCACGAUGAUCAAGCGGCCGCUUGUCUCGCAGCUGACUUUUCCAAAAUACAGAUUAAAAUACAUUUCCAUGUAUGAGCUACAGUCCCUUAAACCACUGUUUUUGUCAGUGUUUAGCUGCGAACCUCCUCCAUCUCGACUCGCUCAAUACGCUGACUGGUUCUACGUUUAUGACAGUAUUGUGCCGCCUCGUCCUGCUUUAUUCUAGAAACCAAAACAAGUAAGUUUAGUACCCUCACACGGGCACUAAAUAAAGGAAUUCAGUGCAUGCUUUUCAAUCCAUCAUUCAAUAAAUGUCAAACCAGUCAAGACAGAAAAACAUUUCAACAUUAGUGUUCAAAACUAAUGUUCGGUGAAAACCCCCGUGUCAUAUGUCAAAAUAAACGCAUGUGCAAGUGCUGACAGUCAUAUUAGUACCGACAUACCGUGACACCGUGUUAUUUUCUGACGAGGUUAUCAUACCGUUAAAUUUUAACUGUAACAGUUUUAUCAUAUAGCAUUCUGUAGCCUGAGUGUAGCGCCCCCCUGUGGCCUGCUUGUCCUUCUGCUGUGUAGGGAUGCUUUUAAUGGCUGACUAUAUGUCCAAAAGUAUCCAGACAACCCUUCUGAUGACUGAAUUCAGCUGCUUUGAGGUCACCCAUUGCUGACACAGGCGUUCAGUUGUGCAUGUACAGUUUGUAUAAUCACCAAUACAGUGGGACACUAGAGCAGCAGCACAUGAUCCUAAGGUCACCAUGCCCAAUGCCAGACGUGGGCUAGAGGGGUAUAAAGCCCCCCAGCAUUAGGCUGUGGAGCAGCAAGAACUGAUCUUCCAAUAUCAGUACCUGACAACAAUGAUGCUUUUGUGAAUGAAUGCAAUCAAAUCCUUACAGCAAUGUAAGUAUAAAGCCUUCCCAGAAGAGUAGAGGCUGUUGCUCCCUAUUAAUACCCGUUAUAUCGGGAGAAGCACUGCAAACUUCUGGACAUAUAGUUUUACUUGGUUGGUGGCUAAUCCAUCAAAACUUCCUUCUCAGGCUGCUCAGACAGUGACGAGUCUGAGAUGCUGCCAUUGGACAGUUUUAUAUCACUCAUUCAAUCAUUACUGGCCUGAUAAUUAGACGAGGCGUCUCCUCAGGUUUGCUAGAGUAGGACUAGCACUGAGAAUCGCUGGUUUGGUGGAUCAGUCGCAGGGUCAUAUGUAUGAAACUAAAGUACGCACUUACUAAAGAUGGUUCUUCAAGGGUUCUUUAGUAAAGAAAAUGAUUCUGUAAAGAACCGUGAAUACUCAAAAAUCCCUUUGCAUUAUUGAAUGGUUCUUUGCAUCGUUGACUGGUUCUUCAGAUUGAUGGAGAAUGUGUUGUAUAUGGUGCUAU